AUGGAGCGUUGGGCAACCCGUGGGGGCUCCGUGCGUCUGCGCUGCGUGCACGACGUGCCCCCUCAUCUUCUCGAUAAGGUGGUCUUCCUGCGUCACGGCACCAAGAUUUUUCAGUAUAUAAGGGACAGAAAACCGCCUUACAGAAACUUCACUACGCCCGGUGCUGUUCUUAAUAUUGCACUUGCGACGGAGAACUCAAUCAUCCUACAGAACCUGGAUUUCGCGGCGAGUGGCAGCUAUUCAUGUGAAGUGUCCUUGGAUGCACCGAUUUACACAAAAGAGUCCAGCGCGAAACAGCUAACAGUUUUUCACCCUCAGAAACAUCAUCCUCGCAUCGAUUUCCCAACGAGGUACCUCAGUUUCGGGGAGACGCUCCGUGCUAAUUGCACCAGUGCACCGGCGCUCCCCGCACCGCACAUCACGUGGUUCAUUAACGGCAGAAAGAUGGACGAAGUGGUCGUGCAUUCUCAUAAAUACCGUGUUCCACUGAAUGAGAGAACAGGAAGACGAGGACUUCAAAAGCCAUUCGAGUAUGAAACCGGCAGCGUCCCACCGCCAGUACUUGCUUUGACCCACAUUUCCCACAUUGCUACAAAGGCACCAGGCUGCAGCUUAAAGGAAAAUCGGAUUGAACCCAUCAAAGAUCAAGACGAACCGAACACUAUACCAAGCAGCAGCCGCCACAGAAGUCGAAGACCUGGCAGGGGCAGAGAUUUAUACGUCUCAGUGUCGGAAAUACAAAUACUGGCGACGGGUAGGCUCGAGGUGACCUGUGUUAGCACCAUUCCGGAGUUCAGGAGUAUUGACGACAAAUUUGCCGAUGUCAGAAAUGAUACUGUCAUCGUGGACUUAAUUAAACCAUUGACAUAUUCUCAAGAGUCUGGAAAUUCAACAACAACAGGAUUUAACACGUCCAGUGCUGAGAAGUUUAUAAUUUCAAGUCUAUUGUUACCUUUGUUGAUAUUGAACUUAACAAUACUUCUU